CCGUUUCCUGUCACGAAGAAGACACGCGUGCACACAUACGUCGUUUGCUCCAGUCGCAGAAUGUCCGACGUACGAGCAAGAUUUUAAUUGCCGCAGGCUGAUUCGAGUCUACAUCUCUGUAUUGAUUUUUGACAUCGAUGCGCGUUUACAGACAGUGAUGUGUGACCCGAAUGGAUAAAAAAUAAGGAUCGCGAGAGGAUCAUGGCACCUAACCAACGUCAACGACAGCUCGUUUUGUCAAAGAAAGAAUUGAAAAAGAUCAAUGGAAGAAGAUUCUCAAAGCCGGACGAGUCUUCCAACAUGGGACUUGCUUAUCCUAGCUAUGAUACAGCUUUUAAACUGCUACUAUUGGCAAGGUUUUGCUCGGCUAUAUGGUGUCACAUAACAGACUGUGAUGAAACAUACAAUUACUGGGAACCAAGUCAUUACUUGCUCUACGGAACGGGCCAGCAAACGUGGGAGUACAGUCCUGAAUAUGCCUUACGUUCAUAUAUGUAUCUACUAAUUCACAUGGUACCAGCAAAAGUUUAUCAUUAUCUAUUGGAACCAAAUCCCCUACUAGUUUUCUACUUCACACGAUGCUUCCUGUCUGUGGGUUGCACAUUGUCCGAAGUAUACUUUUACAAGAACGUGUGUCGAGAAUUCGGAAUUCACGUGGCGAGACUUACACUGGGGUUCCUUAUUCUCAGCUCAGGAAUGUACAUCUCCAGUGCCGCAUUUUUACCAUCGUCCUUUUCGAUGUAUCUGAGUACUGUUGCUACUGCAGCCUGGUACGCUCGCCAAUAUGAAUUGGCUAUUUUUGCUACCGCCAUCUCUUCGUUGCUUGGAUGGCCAUUUGCUGCGCUGCUCGGACUUCCUAUUGCCGUUGAGAUGUUAACACAUAAACGACGCUGGAUCAAAUUCAUAAAGUGGGUCAUUAUAUCUGCUGUUGUAAUUGCGAUACCAAUGGUAUGGGUGGAUUCCUUGUACUUCGGCAAACUUGUCGUCGCGCCAUUGAACAUCAUAUUCUACAAUGUGUUCUCCAGCCAUGGACCUAAUCUUUAUGGCACUGAGCCGUUCAGUUACUACAUCAUCAAUGGGUUCUUAAAUUUCAAUUUCGUCUUUAUUGGCGCGUUGCUCGCACCCUUGGGUCUAGUUUUAGUGUGGCUGAUCGUGCCGGCACGUCCAAGAUACCGUUCACCUCUUCCUUACUGGUAUUCAUUGGCUCCUUUAUAUCUGUGGAUACUCGUAUUCUUCCUUCAGCCACAUAAAGAGGAACGGUUCUUGUUUCCAGUGUACCCUAUGAUUUGUUUGGCAGGCGCCAUAGCCGUGGAUAUCGUGCAGAAGUUAUACUUUUAUGUCAGAACGAAAUUUAAUCCAUCGCAUAUUAGUUAUCACUAUUUACAAUAUACUAUGCAUAUUACCGUUCUGGCGAUACUAACGUGUGGCCUCUUGGGACUAUCAAGAUCAUUGGCGAUAUAUAAAGGAUAUUAUGCUCCCAUGGAAAUGAUGACUGAAGUUAACAAACUGGGAAUGGAAGGCGAGGUACCUAGCGACGUUAAUAUAAACUUUUGUAUUGGAAAAGAAUGGCAUCGUUUCCCAGGCAGUUUCUUCUUUCCUUCUAACAAUUGGAAGUUACAAUACUUGAGAUCAGAAUUUAAAGGACAAUUACCUCAACCCUUCUUGGAUCAUGAAAACGCAACAAGUACAAUUCAAGAGCAUUUUAACAAUAUGAAUAGAGAAGAACCAUCGCGCUAUUUUAAUCUAGAUAAGUGCCAUUUUCUAUUAGAUCUGGAUGUAGAAACUGAAACAGCUCUAGAACCGAAUUAUUCUCGUUUAAGUCAACAUUUUACUAUUGUUAAAUCUUCUAAAUUUCUAGAUGCAUCAAAAUCGCAUCCAUUCUUCAGAGCUUUUUACAUUCCCUUUGUAUCUUAUAAGUUUUGUACAUACGGUUCAUAUAAUUUAUUACAAAGUAAUAAGUUUAAAUCCAUUCUUUUGUCAUCAAAGCAGAAGAAUGCCAAGUUUUAAGCAAAAGGCAGAGAAUUCUGGCACAAGUUAAUACAGUUGAUUUGAUGUGAGAAAAAUUAAAUCUAUUAUUUUAUACAUCAUUUUAAUGACGCAUAUGUUUAUUAAUGUAUAUACAGAGACGACACGUGAAUCUGUAUAAGAGAGGUUGACUCAU